CGAGGACCUCCGGAGGCAGAGAGAGUAGUCGAGUUCGACAGCUCUCAAACGGUCCCCGGUGAGGCCCGCAUUCUUCUUCCCCAACGCCGAGUCUGUCCCGAGGACAAAGUGGACUGAUGCCAGCGCGACAGCCACCGUCCGCCGAGCUGCAAGGGAACCGCAGAGAAAUCUAUCGAGGACUUGCUUCACUACUAUCUAUCUACUUUACCUCUUGUCUCUUCGGCACUUGGAGCCGUCAAGCAGCCGUGCUCUUGCUGUGCAUAUUUUUUUUGCUACUGUUAUUAGUCUACUCGCCAGAACUAACCGACCAGCUAUCUAUGGCGCCCCCAAAGGUCCUUUUUGUGGUCUUUUGCCUAAAAAGGAGGCCCUCAAAUAAUAAUAAUGCAGCUCAUAGCUUCAUGUACCACAAACAGAGUGGGGACAAGGGGACAAGGGCCAGCGAUCGAGUUUCCCCGGGUUCACGUUCCUUCGACCAUGCCAAGCCUGCGUCGUACUACUAAGUAUAUCCCACCACCUAACUAACAACUAUACAGAAUUAUCAUUACAGAUUGUUUCGUGUCAGGAAGGGCAGAGUUCAUCUGUGGUUUGAUUUUUCAUCGCUACUUUCUUUUCGUUCUCACAUAUACAUCUGCUUCUUCCAGUCACUGUCGCAGAUGAGAGGCCUGACAGAGGGAAGAGCUGUUCUGUUCGAUCCUCAACCGCUCGCAUG